UCCCAGCAUCGCCUGCCCUCAAACAGCACCAAGCCGCGGGCCGAGCGUCGUGUGGGCCCCCUGCGCGGAUGAAUUCCGCCAUCCGCCUCUCCCCGCCGUGACCAGCGCAGGCCGCCCGUUCCCCUAUCCCGCCGUCCAUCCGCAUCGCCGCGUCGCCAGCAUGCCUCGCCCGCAUCAUUGUCGCUCCACACUCAGAGCCGCGCGCCAAAUCGUCGCAGCAGUCGCUGGCGCGCGUACCGGCAUCGCAUCAGGCAGCGCGCUCGCGCCCGCGCUGAUUGCGCACUCCCCGCCCCCGCCUCCCCCCCUUGCUGCUGCCCCCCCGCAUUCCUUCCGCAGCAGCGCGUUUCCCGCGUUCGAGGGGGCAGCAGUAAGGGGUACUGCGCGACAUGGCGGCCUUCCCGCGUAUGCGGGUGCUUUGCUCUCCGCCGCUGCGGCGGCCGUGGCAGCAGCGGUAGUGGCGGGAGAGGAAACCCUGGCGCGCAGUGAGUGCGAGGGGGUAGAGAGGGGGAUGAAUGGGAGAGAAACGCGGGGAGCCGAGAUGGGCGAGCGCAAGGGGGAGGAGGUGAGGGAGAAGGAGAGGGGGGCAGCGACAGCGGAGAGGGGGGAAGAGAAAGGGGCGGGGGAAGGAGAGGGGGAGAAGGAGCGCGGGGCAGAGAGGGGCGGGUUGGCAGCGGAGGUGCGGGCGGGGCUGGUGGCGGCGGUGGGGGAGGAGGGCGUGGUGGAGGAGUGGGACGAGCGGCACAGCCACGCCAAGCCGUGGAACAGCUACCACCAGGUGGCCAAGCUGCCCGCUGCCGUCGUGUACCCCAGGAGCACGGAGCAGGUGGCGGCGGUGGUGCGGGUGUGCGCGCAGCACGGGGUGCCGGUGGUGGCGUAUGGCGGGGGCACGUCGCUGGAGGGCCACACCACCACGCCCAUGGGGGGAGUCACCAUCAACAUGACGCGCAUGGCCAGCGUGCUGGCGGUGCACGCGGCGGACAUGGACGCGGUGGUGCAGCCGGGCAUCACGUGGGGCGCCCUCAACGACCACCUGCGCCCCCUCGGCCUCUUCUUCCCUCUCGACCCCGGCCCCGGCGCCACCAUCGGCGGCAUGGCGGCCACGCGCUGCAGCGGGUCCUUGGCGGUGCGCUACGGCACCAUGCGCGACAACGUCAUCGCGCUCAAGGCAGUGCUGGCGAGCGGCGAGGUGGUGAAGACAGCGGCGCGCACACGCAAGAGCGCGGCGGGGUACGACUUGACGCGGCUGCUGAUCGGGUCAGAGGGUACGCUGGGCGUGAUCACCGAGGUCACCGUGCGCCUGCACCGCAUCCCCACGCUCUCCGCCGUCGCCAUGUGCCCCUUCCCCUCCAUCCGGGCCGCCGCUGACGCCGCCAUCGCCACCGUGCACAGCGGGGUCGAGGCGUCACGAGUGGAGCUGCUGGACGACGUGAUGCUGCGGGCGUUCAACCAGGCCAACGGGUACAGCUACCCGCAGCAGCCCACGCUCAUGUUCGAGCUCACCGCCGCCACCCCCGAGCACCUGGCGCAGCAGCUGGCCGUGGUGCGCGGCGUGGCGGAGGCGCACGGUGCGGGCAAGAUGCGGUUCGCGGAGGGCGAGGAGGAGAAGCGGGAGCUGUGGCGCGCACGCAAGGAGGCCCUGUGGGCUGCGUACUCACUGCGCCCUGGCACAGAGCCCCUCAUCACUGAUGUGUGUGUGCCGCUGUCCCGCCUGGCGGAGUGCAUGGACGCCACCAAGGCGGACGUGCAGCGCUCCGCCCUGCCAUGCCCCAUGCUGGCGCACGCGGGCGACGGCAACUUCCACGUGUGCAUCUUCUUCGACCCAACCAGUGCCGAGGAGACGGCCGAGGCCAAGGCGCUGUCCGCCGCCAUCACGCUCAGGGCGCUCGCCAUGGACGGCACGUGCACGGGCGAGCACGGGGUGGGCGUGGGCAAGACACAGUACCUGGAGAGGGAGCUGGGGCAGGAGGCGGUGGGCGCCAUGCAGGCUGUGAAGGAUGCGCUGGACCCCCAGGGCAUCCUCAACCCGGGCAAGGUGCUCCCGCCCAGACCACACUGCCUCUCGUGACCAGCCCUGUGGAGGAUGGGCAUUGGGCAUUGGGCAGUCACACAUGCAGUGAUGCAUUUCCCAAUCACUGUCCUUAGUAUCUCCACCCAUUUGCAGUGUUGUUUAGGCUCUAUGCAGGGCAUGCCCUCUUUUAAACCCUCUGCAUUGCAAAUCAGUCCAAAUCUUUCCAAGAUUCUGGCAAGUUUCCUUCUGUUUGGUUGUUCCUUGCAACAGGCAU